AUGAUGAAGCACUUCACGCCAGUGUUGGCUUCCUUACUCGUGGUCGCCGGCCUCGCCACCACGGCAGCCGGCGUGAGGUUCACGGCAAUGAACAACGCGUCGACGACCCCCGGCGGGCAGCGCUUCGACGAGGAAUACGGCGUGGGGUACGCGGUGCAGGUCAUGUCGGAGGCCUCCUUCUUCACCUGGAAAAUCUUCAACCAGACGGCGCCCGAGGACCGCCGAGCCGCCAUGGACGACCGCGUCAAGCUCGUCGUCAACUUCAUAAACACCAACAUCCUCGCCUUCGAACGCGACAGCGAGAGCAGCAUCACGCUCAACGCGGGCUACGUGAACAACAUCACCGGCGACGUGAGGACGCUGGUGACGGGGCUGCUGUACCACGAGGUGACGCACGUGUGGCAAUGGGGGCAGCAGGACACGAACCAGACUCACAGUUGGAUCUACGAGGGGAUGGCCGACUUCGUCCGGCUGCGUGCCGGCUAUGCGGCGCCGUACUGGUUGCAGCCGGGGCAGGGGGACAGCUGGGACACGGGCUAUGACGUGACGGCGUGGUUCCUGGACUACUGCGACCAGCUGAGGCCGGGGUUCAUGGCGGUGCUCAACCAGAGGCUCAAGGACGGCUACAGCGACGACGACUUCCUGCAGAUUAUGGGCAAGUCCGUGCAGGAGCUGUGGAGGGAUUACAAGGCCAAGUACGGCGGCUAG